UUGGAUGUGUUAAAAAGUUUUUAAUCUGCAUUUUCCGCUUUGCUAAGAGAAUCACUAAAAGUAAUAAAAUGUCUAGAAGAGGACGAAAUAGAAGGCUCAAUAUCGCCAUUUCCCAAAACUUCAGCUUCAACAUGUUCCCGGAGAUACCUCGACCCUUCAACACCACGUACCACUGCUACUCGGUGGCUAUGCUACCCGGCAACGAACGUCAAGAUGUGGAACGUGGAGGAAAAAUUAUCAUGCCUCCUUCCGCUCUGGAACACCUCACGAGGCUCAAUAUUAACUACCCGAUGCUGUUCAAGCUCACCAACAAAAAGACGAACCGAGUAACUCACUGUGGGGUGCUGGAAUUUGUCGCUGACGAAGGGAAGGUCUAUCUGCCGCUCUGGAUGAUGCACAAUAUGGUCCUGGAAGAGGGCGAUCUGGUGCAGAUGGAGAGCGUUUCUUUGCCGGUAGGGACGUUUUCCAAGUUCCAACCGCUGAACCCCGAUUUCCUCGAUAUAACCAAUCCCAAGGCCGUCCUAGAGAAUUGUCUGCGUUCUUUCGCCUGCUUGACCACCGGCGACGUGAUCGCCGUUAGGUACAAUCAGAAAAGUUACGAGUUGUGUGUGUUGGAAACCAAACCCGGGGACGCUAUCAGUAUUAUAGAGUGCGAUAUGAAUGUGGAAUUUGCCGCUCCCGUCGGCUACAAGGAACCGGAAAAGCAGAGGAAGGAGGAGGAGGAGAUGGCCGUCGACCCGGCCGAUCUCAUGCCGGAACCGUCGGGCUUCGUGGCCUUCCGCGGUGCCGGGAACCGCCUGGACGGCAAGAAACGGAAGGAAUCCACGACGUCCGACUCCGCCACCCCUAAACCCGUAUACGUAAAGGGCAUUCCGGACUACGAUUACCAGAUAGGCACGCUGAGGUUCAUCAGGAGGCCGGUGAAGCAGAAGAGUAACGAGGGGGAGGAGGGUAACGAGUUCAAAGCUUUCAGCGGAACAGGAUUCAGUUUGAGGAGUAGGAAUUAAAUUAGAGGUUGUUACGUCCCGAUGUGUGGUUACGUAGCAGGAUGUGUUAUAAAUAAGUGUAUUUUUAUUUCAAUAAAGUAUUAGUGUAUUAAAAA